AUGUGUGGUGUUUCAGCCAUCCUGCUCGGUGAUUCCAAGGCCGACACCGCGGCUGCCGACCUCCACGAGUCGCUUUUCUACCUGCAACAUCGUGGCCAAGAUGCCGCUGGUAUCGCCGUGUGCAAGGGCGGCCGUGUCUCCCAGUGCAAGGGCCUCGGCAUGGCCAGCAAGGUCUUUGACGAGGGCCGUCGCGUGUCGACUGCUGCCCUUCCCGGCUUCAUGGGCAUCUCCCACGUCCGCUAUCCCACCGCCGGCACGACCUCUGCUGCCGAGGCGCAGCCCUUCUUCGUCAACUCCCCCUACGGUCUGUCCAUGAGCGUCAACGGCAACCUCGUCAACACACCCGAUCUCAUCACCUUCCUCGACUACGAGGCCCGCCGCCACGUCAACACCGACUCCGACUCGGAGCUUCUGCUCAACAUCUUCGCCCAUGCCCUCGGCGAGCUCGGCAAGGCCCGUGCCAAUGUUGACGACGUCUUCUCAGCCCUCCGCGAGGUCUAUGCGCGCUGCAUUGGUGCCUUUGCCUGCACGGCCAUGCUUGCCGGCUUUGGCAUUCUCGGUUUCCGUGACCAGAACGGCAUCCGACCCCUGUGCCUCGGCUCCCGCCCAUCGGAGACCCUUGAGGGCGCCACCGACUACUUCCUCGCCUCCGAGUCCAUUGCCCUGGUCCAGCUGGGAUUCAAGAACAUUGUCGACAUCCUGCCCGGCCAGGCUGUCUUCAUCAAGAAGGGCGAGGCUCCCCGCUUCGCGCAGAUCGUGGCGCCCAAGUCGUACACACCGGAUCUAUUCGAGUACCUGUACUUGGCCAGAGCCGACAGCUGCAUCGAUGGCAUCUCCGUGCACCGCAGUCGCCAGAACAUGGGCCUGAAGCUGGCCAAUCGCAUGCGCCAGGUGCUCAGCGAGGAGGCCAUCAAGGACAUUGACGUGGUCAUUCCCAUCCCCGAAACAAGCAAUACCGCCGCCGCCACGCUGGCCGAGGCGCUGUCCAAGCCCUUUUCCAACGGCUUUGUCAAGAACCGCUACGUUUACCGCACAUUUAUCCUGCCCGGCCAGAAGGCGCGGCAGAAGAGCGUGCGCCGCAAGCUGUCGCCCAUUGCGUCCGAGUUCAAGGGCAAGGUUGUCUGCCUGGUUGACGACAGCAUUGUGCGCGGCACCACGUCGCGCGAGAUUGUCCAGAUGGUCAAGGAGUGCGAGGCCAAGCGCAUCGUGCUGGUGUCGUGCAGUCCCGAGAUCACCCACCCGCACGUCCACGGCAUCGACCUGGCCGAUCCGGCCCAACUGCUGGCGCACGGCCGCUCGCUGCAGGACAUGACCGACCUGAUCAAGUGCGACGCCCUCGUGUUCCAGACACUCGACGACCUCAAGGCGGCCUGCAUGGACGCCAUUGACGGCUCAAGCCAGGUCACCGACUUCGAGGUCGGUGUCUUCUGCGGCAAUUACAAGACGCCCGUGCCCGACAACUACUUUGAGAGGCUUAACAUCAUUCACAGCGCCGGCAAAAAACCGGCGGCUGGCUCUGUCACCACAAAUGGCGACGGUGCCUUCCUGGUCGCAAGCAGCGGCCCCGUGAACGGUGUCCGUCAUGCAGAAAACGACGAGGGUUCGGAGUACCGGGAGGAUAUCAGUCUCUACAACAACAAUUCAGGCCGGUCCUAA